CUGAGAACAGUGUUGUGCAGGUUAUGUGUCCUUCAAUAUUUUUAUCGCAACUCUUCUCUUGUGGUAGGCUUGAAUCCCUCGCGAAGCGAAUUCUUUUUUCUCUUGUUGAGGUUAGAAUGCUUUCAUGGACAUGCAUUAGUUAUUCGCUAUUGUCUAUUGUCCAUCAAUUAUCAACGCGGAUAGAUUGAUUAGAAAUGCAUAAACAUGAUUCGAAAAUUGACGUGCGCCACGAUGAGAUAGUAACAGAAUCAUUAAGCGAAAACAUGAUGGGCGAUUGCGUUCGGCAAUGAUACGGCAAAUUUGCAAUCGUAUUACAUCUAGCAGUGUGAAUCAUGCACGGGUGUGAAGAUGAACGGUGCAAAACACAAAAUUUGCAUGGUCUCGGAUUUCUUCUAUCCAAACAUGGGCGGUGUAGAAGAGCAUAUCUUCAAUCUUUCUCAAUGUCUUCUGGAGCAUGGGCACAAGGUGGUAAUACUCACCCAUUCCUAUGGAGAUAGAGUAGGAAUAAGAUAUAUGACAAACGGUCUGAAAGUAUAUUAUAUCCCUGUCAAGGUUUUCUAUAACCAAUGUGUUCUUCCAACGAUGGUAUGCUCUCUUCCACUCAUUAGGUAUAUCUUCAUAAGAGAGGAGAUACAGAUAAUACACGGCCAUUCUGCAUUCUCUGCUUUAGCCCACGAAGGGAUGUUGAUUGGUAGAUUAAUGGGACUAAAAACUGUUUUUACGGAUCAUUCUCUUUUUGGUUUUGCGGAUGCGUCCGCUAUUCUGACAAAUAAAUUUCUCGAAAUAUCGCUAGUUGAUUGCGAUCAUUGCAUAUGCGUGUCUCAUACCGGAAAGGAAAAUACAGUAUUACGAGCUAAAGUGCAAAAGGAGAAAGUAUCGGUUAUCCCAAAUGCAGUUGAUACCACAUUAUUUACACCCGAUAUCAGUAAACGGAAUAACGAUUUUAUUACCGUAGUAAUAGUAUCGCGAUUAGUGCAUAGGAAGGGCGUUGACCUUCUAGCCCAUAUAAUACCUGAGAUCUGUUUACGUCACAAAAAUGUACAAUUUUUAAUUGGCGGAGACGGUCCGAAAAGAUGGCUCAUAGAAGAGGUGCGGGAAAGAAAUUUGUUGCAACAUAGAGUAACUUUAUUAGGCAGUUUGGAGCACUCUCAAGUCAGACACGUUCUGAAUAAGGGUCAUAUUUUCCUAAAUACGAGCUUGACAGAGGCUUACUGUAUGGCUAUUGUAGAAGCAGCCUCUUGUGGUUUGCAAGUAGUGUCAACGAAAGUUGGAGGUAUUCCGGAAGUUUUGCCGCCGGAUCUGAUUUACCUCGUGGAACCUACUGUACCUGCAUUAAUUGAAGGAUUGGAGAUGGCUAUAAUGGAUUACAAAAAGGGCAAUAUCGGAUGCCCUUUCGAGACACAUAGGAGAAUAGGUUUAUAUUAUAAUUGGUUCAACAUUACCAAACGUACGGAAAUAAUAUAUAAUUUAAUAAAACGUGAAGCAAAGAGAAAUCUAGGACAACGAUUAGCUAGUCAAAUACAAAGCGGUGUAUUAGCCUACUUGCUUGUAGUAUCAUUGUGCUAUAUAAUACUACAAAUUCUGGAAUUUCUCGUCCCAAGAAAGUAUAUCGAUAUUGCACGAGAUUACAGCGAUAUUAAUGUUGUAUCAUCCAAUGGGAAAAGAAAAGAAGAUUGACUAUCAUCAAUAUAAACUUUUCAAUGUGUUCAAAUAUUUUAUUCUACACUUAUACACUUUUGAAACAUUUCA